GUCUUCAUCUUGACGUUAACGUACUAUGUGAUGUUUGUCGUAAAAUAAAAUUAAAGUUUCAAAAUAAUAUGUUGAUAAAAAAAUAACUUAAGUUUAAAUAGUGUCCAAAUGUAAAUAUGUUGUCAAGAAAUUUAAGUAAAGUCGUGAAGUAUUCAUUGUACGGUGGUGUUACCAUAGGAAGUGCUGUUGUAGCUUUAAAAUAUAAUGACGCUGAUUACAAUUCUUUUGCUAUAGUGAGACUAACUAGGACCGCUUACACAGCUGUCGAUAUUGGUAGAACAUACCAAUCCAUGUUAUAUAGCAAAGAAUGGGAUAAAAGUUCUAAUGAAUACUUGGAGGUUAAAAGCCAAGCUCAUCAAAUUGGGGCAGAGAAACUGCUUGAAUUAUGCAAAGCCAACAAGGGGGUCUACAUAAAGGUUGGUCAACACAUCGGUGCUCUUGACUAUUUACUUCCCAGCGAAUAUGUGACGACUAUGCGAAUUUUACAUAAAGAUGCACCCAGGAACACAGUUGAAGAAUUAUACGAAGUUAUAAAAGAAGAUCUUAAGAAAGAUCCCAAGGAAUUGUUUGAAGAAUUUGAUCUAGAACCUCUUGGAACAGCCUCCCUUGCUCAAGUUCAUAGAGCUAAAUUAAGAGAUGGGCCUGAAGUUGCGGUUAAAGUACAACAUCAUUUUGUUAGAAAAAAUACAAAAAUUGACUUGAAAUGGAUGGAAUUUAUCAUUAAAACCAUGUCAAAAGUAUUUCCUGACUUUCAAAUGCAAUGGCUUAUUGAUGAGACAAAGAAAAAUAUUGCAAAGGAAUUGGACUUCUUGCAAGAGGGCAAAAACGCUGAGAAAGUUGCAGAAUUGUUUAAAAAUUAUUCAUGGUUAAAAGUUCCUAAGAUAUUUUGGGAUUUUAGCACCGAGAGAGUCUUGGUGAUGGAAUAUGUAACUGGUGGCCAGGUUAAUGAUGUUAAAUAUAUAGAUGAACACAAAAUAAGCAGACCCGACUUAUGUCAAAAGUUAGGUGAUCUGUAUUCCCAUAUGAUAUUUGUAACUGGUUUUGUGCACAGCGACCCCCACCCUGGUAACAUUCUUGUAAAAAAGGAUCCACAGGACAAGGAUGUUACAGUGUUCUUGUUGGACCAUGGUCUUUAUGCUCAACUUACAGACAAAUUUCGUUACCACUAUUCCAAUUUAUGGCUCUCAAUAAUUGCAAGGGACAGAGAUCAAAUCAGAGAGCAUGCAGAGCAAUUAGGAAUAGAGAAAGAAUUAUAUGGACUUUUUGCUUGUAUGGUGACCGGGAGACCGUGGGAUGUCAUCAUGAAAGGCAUAGACAAGACUAAACCAUCAUCUGCAGAGAAAACGACUUUCCAAAACGAGAUACCAAACUUCCUGCACCACGUGACGCGGUGCUUGGAACACGUGGACCGCCAAGCGUUGCUGGUGCUGAAGACGAACGACCUCAUCCGCAGCAUAGAGUACGCGCUGGGGAUGCAGGAGCGGAUGUGUGGGUUUCUGGUUAUGACCAAAUGUUGCACUAAGAGCAUAUACCAGCACGAGUUUAAGAAAGCGGGGUCACUGGCGAGAAAGCAGUUUCUGAACACGAAAUAUGUAUGGUCACUGUUUGUUCUGUAUAUUUAUGGAAUUUAUUUAUCACUGAGAACUAGAUUUAAUCUGUAUAGCUAGAAUUUCUUACCACACUAUACCCAAUUGUAUUAUAUUAGUCGGGUCUGAUGGUAACCAAAAAUAUUUAUUUUGCGUAUGAUGCUUUAAGAGUUUUAAGGGAUAUUUUAAAGGGGUUGCCAGUAAUAGAAUCACAAAAUAAUAAAUAUGUAAAAUGUGUGUUGUAAUAUACAAAAAAAGUGUAAAUAUUAAAUAUAAUUAUGUACUGUAUAUUUUUUAUUUAUAUACUAACUCUGAUUUUAAGAUCAUCUCAUUUGUUUAAAUUAUAAACGAGAAAAAUUUUGAGAUGUUUUUUUUUUAAAUAUUUUUUUGCAAACAUAAGUGAUCAGACAAAAGCACAAAAACUUUGCCUAUAAUAUUAUUUCUUGCUUAGUUACUACGCUGCCAAACAAUUAAGAUGUUAUGUCAUCUAAAUCAAUCAAUCUGAAACUUCACAAUGCUUUUGUUUUUGGUAGAAUAAAUGUUGACACAUAUAAGGGCUUCCACGAAACCCUAUCAGAAUUUUGCAACAAAUUAAGAUAAAAACAAUAUUUUAUUUUCUACAAUUGAUUAUGUUGGCAACCCUAUUUAUUUCAAUAAUGAUACAAAGUAAUGUCCUAGUCAGCUUCGUUGAAUCUUACCUCAAAUAUUCCAUACCAAUAGUUGAAUUGUGUAUUUGUAUAUUUUCACGUGUCAUUCGAUGGUGCUAGCUCUAAUUUUUUAUCACGUAUAUUAUGUGUGUUUGUCGCAGGUCGUUUGUUGGAAUAAUCGUUGAGAUGCGCGACUAGCCCUUUAAUUAAAAACUUCAUACAAGUCGAUUAGCCGAACGGUUGAACAGAUCGUUCAACAGUUAGAUGGAUUUCAACUAUUUCUUAUUUAACUAAAUAAUUAGAUUGAUAUCUAGCCUUGACAUGAGGUUGAUCGAUUUAAAAACCAUAAUGAUUCAAAUAUAAAACAAGAUGCGUGGUUGAAUGGCGUUGUUAAAUGAAAGGGCUAUCCAUGCAAUCAAAUGACGAUUCCAACCAUUUGGCUGCGAUGUAUACAUUUAGACCAAUUUAGAUGAUAAGAAUUAAUUCUUAUAAAUAUACAUAUGUUUUAUUUACUUUGUAAGCAUUUCGGCAAAUUUCAUAUAUUGUAAAA